CAGCCUCCGCCGACGCUCCGCCAGCCCGAGCCAGCAUGUACGGCGUCCAGCAACAUGUCCAGCCGACGCCUCUGCCGCCGCCUCUGCCCUCCCAGCAGCCGCAGAUGCCCAGCUACCCGCCGCCCCCGCCGGCCUGCAGGCCCUGCUUCGAGCCCCCGCAGUGCUACCCCUACCCGGAGCCCCCCCGCCCGCCGCCCCAGAGCUACACGUGCCCGCCGCCUCCUCGCCAGCUGCCCCAGAGCUACGCGCCCCCGCCGCCCUGCGAGCCCUGCCCGAUGCCGCUGCCGCGGCCUUUGCCCCAGCAGACCUGCCCGGCGCCGGCCACGCUGCCCCGCGCCCGCCAGAACCGCCCCGCGCCGCUGCCCUUGCAGUGCCCGCCGCCCGGUCGCCCUUUCCCCGAGCAGAACCAGGACGGCGGCACCGUGGUCUACGAGCGUGUCCGCACCUACAGCAGCCCCGGCGGGAAACGCGUGCAGCUCCUCGACCCGCCCAACUGCUGCUCGCCGCGGGCGCCCUCCCCCGCCGACAGCACCCCCGGCUACCAGCAUGUCAUCUGGAGCAGCGACCCGCCGGUGCAGGAAAUCCAUUCUCCAUCUUUGAAAUUGUCCCCUUAUUCCCAGGGCACUGUCCGUAGGAUUAUAUUAGAGAAUCCUGACCAGGAGCCAUUGUCUCCACUUCUGAGAGGAGGAAAUAAUGUGAUCAUUGAAAAAACAGUACGAAAGUAUGAACUGCUAAAUCCAGAGCAGGAGAAGCAGUACCAGUAUGCCCAGCAACACACGCAGUCCGACCAAUAUCAAGUUGGCCAGCCAGUGGAACAUGUUACGGUGGUCCAGCAGUGCCAGCAGACUCAGACGGGCAGCCCCUGUGAGGUGAUUCCAAUACGCGUCAAUGAUGGUGGAAGCAACACUGUGAGGAAAGUCACCAUUCAGACCUGCGACCCGGUGAUGGGCAUCCCGGAAACCAAUGACCAGCUGGACUCCCGCUACUUUGGCGAACUCCUUGCAGAGUUGAACCGCAAAAGCAACGAUCUCUACAGCUGUUUGCUCCAGCAUGUUGAGAGGCUAGGAGGAAGGAGAUAUGAAAUUGAAUCUUCUCAACCAGAAGAUAUUGAAAGUUUGAUUCCUAAAGGGCUUUCCGAAUCAACCAAGCAGCAAAUCCGUUACCUCUUACAGAUGAGAGUGACAGCAGAUAAGUCUAUGAGGUUGGUCCUUGCCACAUUCAGCAACCUUCGAGAGGAACUCCUCCAUCUUCAGGAUGACUUAGGGAAAUUAGAAACUGACAAGACGUUACUGGAGAAAGACCUGGCCUUCAAAGAGAGUCAAGUGAGGGAGUAUGAAACACUCCUGGCGUCGGUGCGAGAGAAUAAUCGCCUACAGCAGAAAGCCCUCCGGGAGUCAACCUUAAAGUGCCGCUCACUGGAAGAGCAGCUCAUCUCUCUCCGGCACAAUGAUGGAGACAAGGAAUUUCGGUUGAAAGAUCUGGAAUACAGCAAACGAGCUCUGGAGCAAGAAGUCCAGAACCUCAGGCUCCAGGUUUCGUCGAACCCCCUGAUUCAGACCACAACUGACGAACUGUCAAGCCGCUACGUGGAGAUGAUCAACCAACUCCGGGAGGAUAAAGACCGGCAGAUUCGCAACUUGAGAUCUCAGUUAUGCGAGUUCCAGAAGGAUAUUUCAAAGAAAGAGGGGACAGAUGCUGACCUCCAGAUGCGACUCCAUGAGUUGAACAUGAGGCUGGAAGAGAAGGAGGCAUGGAUUAAGCAGCAGGAAGAGGAAAUCUUCAGGUUGAAGCAAGAGAAACUAGCAGGCAACUCAACCCAAGGAAUAACGAAGACCAUCAUCACUAAAAAGUACAGGAACCAGUAUCCCAUUCUUGGGCUCUUGUCUGAUGACUACAAAGUUACAUCACCUGUCAAAGAAUCACAGACUAUUGUAAUUGAAAAAACUGGAGAAAUGUGGAAGCAGGAAUCCUUUACUUCCGAUUAAAGAACUGCUUGCUUCUUUCAGGAAUGAACAAGCCCCCCGGGGACAAGUUCCCAGCUGCUCAGAGGAGUACACAGUUAAAGGAAUGUUGUUGUUUUA